AGCCAUUUGCUCACGAUGCAUGACCCAAGUACCCUUUCCUGGACGGAGACAUGGCGCCUGCUGAUCCUUGCCGGGGCUGGAUUUGCCGUUCUGGUGAAUACAUUCGAAGGUGAUGGCGCACCCGUACUAGCUUCGAGUGCAUUAUCGGUCAUUGCUUUUGCAAUAACAUUCAGUAUGAUCCGAUGGCUUGGACCAGUGUUUAUCAAGGCCGGACUGAAGGGGAAAGAUAUGGCCAAGCCAAAGAAGCCUGAAAUACCCGAAACAAUGGGCGCUGUAUGCGCAGUGGUGUAUAUGAUUUGCAUGAUUGUUUUCAUUCCAUUUGCUUUCUAUAAAGACAUUGUCACAGCCACAUCUGGCGGAGGAAAUCGUGACGUGGUGAUCGAAGAUCAACUCGUUGAGACUGGUCGAUUCCUACAUAGAUUUCCCCAUGGCAAGCUUGCAUCCUACUUGUCUGGUCUUCUUUCUCUGCAAUGCAUUGUCAUCCUUGGAAUUGGAGAUGACCUUCUUGACAUUCGCUGGAGACACAAGGUCCUCAUUCCUGCCUUCUCCGCAAUUCCUAUGCUAAUUGUCUAUUUUGUGGACUUCGGUGUCACACAUGUAGUUGUACCAGUCCCGCUACAACGAUACCUAGGCGAUUUCAUUGAUCUUGGGUGGCUGUACUACAUGUACAUGGGAGCUGUGGCUAUAUUUUGUCCCAACGCCAUCAACAUGCUGGCAGGUAUUAAUGGAAUCGAAGUUGCUCAGUCACUUGUGAUAGCGGUUCUACUAAUAUUCAACGAUGCCCUGUACCUGGCCCCUAUCACACCAUAUCCACACCCAGCCACAGACUCGCACUUGUUCUCCAUAUACUUCCUUUUGCCAUUCAUUGGUGUUUCAGUGGCACUCUUGUGCCACAAUUGGUAUCCCUCUAAAGUAUUUGUUGGUGAUACCUACUGCUACUUUGCGGGAAUGGUGUUUGCAGUUGUGGGUAUUUUGGGACAUUUCAGCAAAACUUUAUUGCUAUUGUUCAUCCCGCAAAUCUUCAACUUUCUUUAUUCGGUACCACAACUUUUUCAUCUCAUCCCUUGCCCCCGUCAUCGGCUGCCCAAGUUCAAUUCUUCUACCGGGCUACUGGAUGCAUCUGUUACAGAGUGGACAGUCCCCCCUUCCCCAUUGAUUGACACUGCCUUGAAUAUCUUGCAUAGCUUGCAGUUGGUGCGAGUUGUCAGGAAUGAAAAUGGAAAGAUUGUUCGGUCUACGAACCUCACCAUUCUCAACCUCUGGCUUGUCUGGAUGGGACCAAUGAGAGAAAACCGACUUGCAUGGCACAUGGUCGCAGUUCAGACUGUAUGUGGCUUAUUUGGCCUCUUUGUACGGCAUCGACUUGCAUUGCUUGUGUUCAAUCAUGAUAAUCGGACAUUUGAAUCUGUGGUGUAG